CCAUGGUCGAGACCAUGCCGAGCUGCAGCAGCGACAGUUCCCGCAGCAGCAACAGCGGAAGUCCGCUGCCCCUGCUCAGGCGUCCCAUGCCCAGUCCGAUCGCCCUCAGGGCCUACACGGCGCCCUACCUGGGGCCGCCGUCGCCCCCGACCGCCUCCUCCUCCUCCAACUUCACCAUCGACAGCAUCCUCGCGCGCGGGCCCUCGAUCGCCUCCUUGCCGCCUCCGAGGGGCCUCCACGCCAUGCUGCCCCAGCACUUCCAGCUCGGACACCUUCCUGCUUUCGGAUCGGCCGCCGCAGACUUCCUAGCCGUGGCUUAUCAGGGUUUUUACCCGAGCUACCACCACGCAGCGGUGGCCGCGGCGGCUGCCCACGCGGCCGCCGGCAACUUGGGCCCCGGAGCUCUGCACGGCGCCGGCGGCCCUCCGCCGCCAAAGCGGAAACGCAGACACCGCACCAUUUUCACCGAGGAACAACUUGAGCAACUCGAAGCCACCUUCGAAAAGACGCACUACCCUGACGUCGUGCUCCGUGAGCAAUUAGCCCUCAAAGUUGAUCUCAAGGAGGAAAGAGUGGAGGUGUGGUUCAAAAAUCGACGGGCCAAGUGGCGCAAGCAGAAGCGCGAGGAGCAAGAGCGAAUCCGCAAAAUCCACGAAGAGCAGCGGUUGCCAGGUCAGGACGGCCCGUCUGAGGCGGCCCGCGAGGUGGCCUCUAGUCGGCUCAGCGUGGCCUCUCAUCUGCUCAGGCCAGAACACUUUAGCGACGAGUCCUCCGACGUAGAGGUUGCAUAAAAAAUAAUUUA